AUGAUUAUUCAGUCGGAAUAUCAACGAAUGAUUGCAAAGAGAGUGUUGGCCAUCGUUAAAAAGCAGCAUUUACUGGAGAAUGCCAUUAAGGACGACAGGAGAAGACAAUUUUACGAAGCUUUUUUGAAGCACCCGAACCAAAGCCGAAUCAAAAGUAUAGUUGACAAAGCAAUGGAAUUCGUAGUAUAUACGUUAACAAUUCGCUCGAGGGAACUUCGCAUUAUAGAGGACCAUGAAAUGCAACGUUUUCUUUUCGACACUGGCAAGGCAAAACGAGCUCUUUUUUCGGAGAUGAUGGCGAAUCCGGAAUUUUUGCCUCGUGAUUGGGGUGGUGAUCAAGUGACACGUUGUAUUCAGAAAACGCUGACCGACGAUAAACAAACAACCGAAAGUGCCGGCGAUGACGAAGUCGAUGUAUCGCUUGCAAAAGCAGCAAGGGCGACUGUCGGUCGGGUCUACAACAUUCCGGCCAACUUGCAUCAUGCCGUAGUUUUUAAGAAAACGGGGUCAGGGCAUACUGUAGAAAAUGAGCGUGUUAGUUUAGUUUAG